CCUGUGAUGAAAAAGGAAUUUAUUAUAGCAAGUGUUAAAAUCAGUGUAGCCAUCUAUGUUGAAUGGAAUCUUUGGUUGUGUAAAACAGUAGGUGAGGCUGGUUCAUUAUCUGAUUCUUUUUCUGGAGGGGUAUUAUCAGCUUCAAGAAGGUCAUUGUCAAGAAAAAGUUCAGGA